AUGAGCUUAAACCAGGAUGUCGGUUCGAGGGGAAGAGGUCGCGGUUGGCAGCAACCCGAUAAUCCUCCAAAGGAGUUGCGUCGUCCUAAAGCUGUACCUGAUGAAACAAAAGUAGAAGCGCCGAAGUCAACUCUAUCUGCAGAGGCAAAGGAAUGGUAUCCUCCAAACUAUGUACCCCAAGCACCUGCAAGCUACACACCAGAUGAUAGCCAGUAUAGAGUGCAAAAGUUUUCAGUGCAGAAUCGACUCCGCCAAGCACAAGACCAGAACCCAUACAACUUGAAUGAAAUGUCGCAAUAUUUAGAUGAAGCAGAGAAUAUGGACUUAAGGGAGCACAUUGGUUACCUAAUCACCGUAAUGUGUGAGAUAACAUUUGACCCUGGUAAAUUUGACAUUCUCUGCGGCUCCAUAGUGGACAUGUUUGCGUCCACAUUACAUAAUGCUUCUUACACGAGGGCCCUUGUUGAAGCUAUUGUGAAUCAGUCAAUCGCCGAGUCGAACUUCCGUUACAACGGCGCACGGCUAUGUUCAAUGUACGAUUCGGUUGCUACACCAGAAGAAUCGACCUUCCGAGCAUGUCUUCUCGAGCGCUGUUCCACAGAAGAGAACAAGAUUAUCAGCGGAGUGGAAACUUCGGAGGAGAACAUGAGGGGAUUCGCCAUGUUCCUAGCCGAGAUUUAUACGCAGCUGGAAGAUAGUCAAGGUGGACGAAUCAAGACGUUAGGCGAAAGUCUCUGUAAGGUGUUGUUACAUCUCUUGGACACGGACAAGGAGACGAAUAUCAAAGCAGUGUGCCAGUUAUUGAAGUUAUCAGGCAUAGCUCUAGACGCGGAUUGUCCAGGGGGCAUUAACGCGGCCUUCGAACGUUUGAAGCGACGCGCACAAUUGCCCAGCGUACGAGGCGUUCUCGCUUUGCGCGCUACUCGGUGGGGAUUGGCGGAAAAUGAUCCAACACCGCCUCUAGAAGACCCACGGAGAAGACAAAACGGCUUAAUGACCCCGGAAGGCGGUUAUCUGGCAGAUGGGUACACCCUGACGCCGGAGGAAUGCGCCUUCAUGCAGAACAACCUGCCCAACAACAAGACGGCGGCGUUGGAGGAAGACAUACUUGAGGAGUUAGAUGGUGACGGAUGGGGCACUGGAAUGGACGCAGAAAUGCGCGAGGGCUUCCUUGAGUUUCUUAAGCACUCGAACCAGAUUAAGCGAUAA